AUUUGUUGUCGUUUCCUUCUAUUCCUCCCGAACGUCACUUUGAAAAACGUCUCCGUGGCGUUUACACGCGGCUAUCGCUCGGAUAAACGUUUACGUCGUGCUCGGUUUUCGCGUAAAGAUUUUUUAACGAAGAAAAGCAAUAAUGGCGCCCAAACAAAGAAUGCGCAUCGCCAACGAGAAAGCUAGUAAAAUGGUAACGAUGCGGGGCAACGUACCCAAAUCAUCGAAACAAGAUAAAGAUCAGUCGCCGGUGGGCCCCUGGCUCUUGGCCCUGUUCAUCUUUGUCGUCUGUGGCUCGGCUGUGUUCCAAAUAAUCCAGUCGAUCAGGAUGGCGUAGGACCUCUUCAAGUCUAGGUUAAAUUUUCACUCUUCCAAAUUUGAACCUCUCUUUGUCAUUACAAAAGCGUUAUGUUUGUGUACAUAUAUAUAAAGAAUAUCGUUUAAUAAGGGCGUAAACAUAUCUGUGGGAGAUAUUCAUGCUGUAGCAUUCCAUGGGUUGCAGUUUGUGUUUUACAAUUUAAUAUAUUUUACUUUGACA